AUGCGAAGAACGGCGGUGGAGAUGCUGUUUCUCUGGGUGUUAUCAAGCAUCCUAUUGGUUGGAGUUGAAGCGGUUCCACCGAUUACCGAGCUCGACUACAAAGAGGUGUACGAGGGUGUGCAUCUCCGUGACAGGGAGUGUUUUGAUGACCAUCCCGGCGCUAAAUGUAUCCUACUCACACCGGAAUUCUUUGACAUGUUCAUACUCAAGUUCGUGUACGUUUUGAACAAGACGCAUUGGGCUGAAGCGACGUCGUUUGGUAAGUUAUGUGGUUUUAGGGGGGAAUCUGAUUGAGUAGGGUAGGGUUGGGUAGGCUUGGGUUGGGUAGGGUAGGGUAGGGUAGAACAUGUUUUAAUUAUAAUAAUUUUAUCUUUUCAGUCACAAGUGGCAAGUCCCGGUUCAUUUACAAAGGCACUGAGCAAAAAAGUAAGUCAUAAUUUGUAAACAAAGUUAUAACCAAAACUCAAUAAAAUUCAAUUUGCAUAAAAUUCAAUCAUAGCCCCUACUAUAGUAUUUAAAAAUGAUUACUAUCAAAAAAUGUUACAGAAGGUAUGGCCGAGAUGGAAAACUACCGUUACCCAUUGACCGAUCUGGAAAAGCCCGCGUUUCUUCAAAUCGAUGGAAACGUGAUCAACUUGUUCACAGCGGGUGCGGAUGGCUCUAUUAAAAAGACAUUUGGCAUGGUGUGUUUAGAAAAAUUGUUUAAAAACUAAUAUUUGUUGUUUUUAGGGCAUUUUAAGAAAUUUGAAAAAUGGAAGCUGAAUGGAAGAUUUGUAAUGUAUUUUGUACUAAAAAUCUUCCACUUUACUUUCAUUUUUAAAAUGGCUUGAAAUGGCCUAAAAACGCGUUUUUAACACUUUUUAGAGGUGGAAAUUCCGUGGAAGAUUUUCAAUGCAAAUACAUUACAAAUCUUCCACCUAAUUUCCACUCCUAAAAAUGCUCAAAAACGUGUUUUUAGGUCAUUUUAAGACAUUUAAAAAAUGGAAGUUGAGUGGAAGAUUUUUAGUGCAAAUUACAUUACAAAUCUUCCAUUCGCCUUUCACUUAUCGAAACCAGUUUCUUUAGGUUUAAAAAGUUAUUUUUUUGUUUAAACCUGACUACCUACUAGAAGCUUUUUAUACCUAAUAGAAGACUUUGUUAUUCUAUGCGUUUGUAACCUGUAGUAUAACUUUAGAGUAUUCGCAAACGUUUGGGACCGGACACCCUUGUCUACAAGAAUUAUUUGUUUAGCAAGAAAUUGGAUGGACCAAUCGAUUUGAAGGAAUUUGUUGAAGGUUCAGGAAAGCCGUACGUAAAGUUUUUGCCAUUUUUUGCUUUGUAAAGAAAGUUCUUGUCAUUGCUUGUUUUGUAAUGAAAGUUCUUGCCAUUUUUUGUUUUGUAAAGAAAAUUCUUGCUUUAAUAACAAAAGUGAUUUGGAAUAUUUUAGAAGUCAGGUCACUUGGAACGACGUUCGAGCCGAAGACAUUUCGCCCGAUUUGCUAAACACAAUUCGCACUGAAUGUAUUGUAGGUUGAUAUCUAAGACGACUCAUAAUCUAAGUUACCUUACUUUGAAAAAAAACUGUUAUUUUUAGACUGAUAACACCAAAUGCACGAUUGACGUGAAAACGGGCGAGGUAACCAAGAUCAACUACAGCGCCGCGGCUCGAUUGGGUAACUUUGUUUUGGAACACAAACCGAUCAAGGUAUUGAAUACCUAUGAAGCACGCUACCGUUUCCAUCAUUUGGAUUUGCCUGGGUAAGGAUUUGAUGCGAAAAGAAUGGCUCAAUUUUUAUUUUGUUUGUUUUGAUGCGAAAAGAAUGGCGAGGUUUUCUUUUUGGUUUGAUGCGAAAAGAAUGGCGCGACUUUUACUUUUGUUUUGAUGCGAAAAGAAUGACGCGGUUUUAAUUUAUUUGUUUUGAUGUAAAAAUAAUGGCGCAAUUUUUACUUUUUGUUUGAUGCAAAAAGAAUGGCGCGUUUUUUAUUUUUUUUAUGAUGCGAAAAGAGUGGCGCGAUUUUUUUGUUUUGAUGCGAAAGGAAUGGCAUGUUCUUUACUUACCUUGACCUAUUACAGCUACGUUUUCUUUUUCUACAAUCUGCCCGACUCACUUGAUGAUUGGUUCAGCAAUGGCAGGCCACAAUUCAAGAAGGCGUUUGGUGAAGCUGCUGCGAACGAAGAAUACGAUACGUUUAAGUCGUGGUAAGUUUAAAGUUUUUAGUUUGAUGGUGGCUAUCUCUGGACCUGACCUUGUCUGACUAUCUCUGGAUGACCUUGGCUCUAGGCUUGGUUCUGGCCGUGGCUCUGAACUUGACUCUGCCCUAGCUUUCGCUCUAGCUGUAGACAUGUCCGUAUCCUUGAACAUGACUCUGUUCAGGCUUCGGCCGUGGCCUUGGCUUACCUCUACCUCUACAAUUUCAUUUUAGGCACCCAUUGCUGGUCAGUCUGACACCAUGGCCACAAGACGCUGACAAGCUUUUUCAACGAUUGAAGGUGUUAAUCGACAGCUUAACUACCACCUCCCCCGCAUCGGCAGAAGACAAAACCACCGAGAAACCAACGCCUAAACCUUUUACUAGACCCGACUCUUCGGAUUCCGAUGACAGUCAUCAUGACAGUCACGAUGAGAGUCACGAUGACAGUUCUUUUGACGAUGAUGACAAUCAUGACCAUUCCGACAGCUCUGAAAGCGAUGGAUGUGACAAAGCUUAUAUGACCGGUCUUGGAAUUUUUGCUAUGGCAUUCUUGGUUCUGUGGAAUUGA